UCGUUGGUCAGUACGUGAUUUUUUGAGGUUAUAUGUUAUUUUUAUUUUACUUUACAGUUUACACAGUAUUUUUUGAUAUUUUUCAUAAUACAAAAUCAAGAUAGACGUAUUAUAUAUUACUAAAAAUCAUGUCUAAUCAAAGUGACGUAAAAGAAGAAGUUGGUGAAACGACUUGCAAAAGAGAAAUAGAUAAUGAAGUUCUAGAGGACACCUGUAAAAUCGAAAUUAAGGAUGAACCUAUCAGGGAAAGUACAAAUGAUACAUUUGAUUUUUUAGAGGUUAAUAUAUGUUCUAUAAAAGCUGAAAUCAAACAAGAUGAUGGUUUCUCUUCUAAUGACAUGAAAACAGCUGCCAGUAACCUCUUAACACAUCAUGCUAGAACUGACAAAAAUUUGAAGCAAUAUAUAACUUCCACUACCAAUGUGAACACUGGAGGGCAACGUUUUAUAUGUAUCAUUUGCAAGAAACCAUUUUCAAACAAUUAUCGUUUAGAACUACAUAUAAGGAUACACACUGGUAAAAAACCUUUUGCAUGUGAAAUUUGCACUAAACAGUUUUCAACCAAGGGUAAUUUAAAAGCACAUAUGACAGUGCAUACGGGUGAAAAACCAUUUGAAUGUGAAAUUUGCAAUAAACAGUUUUCAAAAAAACAUUAUUUGAAAUUGCAUAUGAGAGUGCAUACUGGUGAAAAACCAUUUGAAUGUGAAAUUUGCAAUAAACAGUUUUUAAGAAAACAUUAUUUGAAAUUGCAUAUGAGAGUGCAUACUGGUGAAAAACCAUUUGAAUGUGAAAAUUGCACCGAACAGUUUUCAACAAAGGCACAUUUAAAAUUGCAUAUGAGAGUGCAUACUGGUGAAAAACCAUUUGAAUGUGAAAUUUGCCACAAACAGUUUUCAACAAAACAUGUUUUAAAAUUGCAUAUGAGAGUGCAUACUGGUGAAAAACUAUUUGAAUGUGAAAUUUGCACCAAACAGUUUUCAACAAAACAAGUUUUAAAAUGGCAUAUGAGAACGCAUACUGGUGAAAAACCAUUUAAAUGUGAAAUUUGCAAUAAACAGUUUUUAAGAAAACAUUAUUUGAAAUUGCAUAUGAGAGUGCAUACUGGUGAAAAACCAUUUGAAUGUGAAAAUUGCACCGAACAGUUUUCAACAAAGGCACAUUUAAAAUUGCAUAUGAGAGUGCAUACUGGUGAAAAACCAUUUGAGUGUGAAAUUUGCAACAAACAGUUUUCAACAACACAAAUUUUAAAAUUGCAUAUGAGAACGCAUACUGGUGAAAAACCAUUUAAAUGUGAAAUUUGCAAUAAACAGUUUUUAAGAAAACAUUAUUUGAAAUUGCAUAUGAGAGUGCAUACUGGUGAAAAACCAUUUGAAUGUGAAAUUUGCAACAAACAGUUUUCAACAAAAUCACCUUUAAAAAGGCAUGUGAGAGUGCAUACUGGUGAAAAACCAUUUGAGUGUGAAAUUUGCAACAAACAGUUUUCAACAAAACAAGUUUUAAAAUUGCAUAUGAGAGUGCAUACUGGUGAAAAACCAUUUAAAUGUGAAAUUUGCAAUAAACCGUUCUCACUAAAAGCAAAUUUAACAAUGCAUAUGACAUUGCAUACUGGUGAACAACCAGUUGCAUGUGAAAUUUGCACCAAACAGUUUUCAACAAAGGGUAGUUUAAAAAGACAUAUGAUAUUGCAUACUGAUGACAAACCAUUUAAAUGUGAAAUUUGCAAUAAACAGUUUUCAAGGAAAUUAUAUUUACAAUCGCAUAUGAUAGUGCAUACUGGUGAAAAACCAUUUGAAUGUGAAAUUUGCAAUAAACAGUUUUCAGCAAAACAAGUUUUAAAAUCACAUAUGAUAGUGCAUACUGGAUUUUAAAUAGAAGAACGGCUUGAAAGUUUAAAAAAUCAAAAAAGGCGAAAAAAUAUAAUUAUACAGGGUUUGAACAUAGAUACAAAUGGCCCAGAUAUCCUAAAGCAUGCAAUUAAAAAUGUUAUGCAGACAGAAUUAGAAGUAGAUGUACAAAUAGAGAAGGCUCUGAAGUUAGGAGAAAAAGUUUGUUUGGUUGAGCUUGAAAAGGAAGAAGAUAAAAGAAAAAUCAUGCGAAACAAAACCAAAUUGGAAAUCGAGAAGAAGGUCUAGUUUAUAUCAACGAUGACCUAUCAAAGAACGACAGAAUUGUACAGAAAAGUGUCAGACAAAAAGCGCAAGAACUAAGAAAGGAAGGGAGAAAAGUGAAAGUAGGGUAUAAGAAAAUAUAUGCCGAUCAUGAAAUAUGGCGCUGGGAUGGAAUGAACCAAACGUUGGUGAUAAAGCAAAAAACUAAACAACAGCAAUGAAAGGAAACAAAUGACGACGAACAAUGCAAAGAGAGGAUUACGAACUAUGGAAAUAAAACAAAUCAAGACAGCAAUAAAAAAGAAAAGCCGAAAAAUGACAAGAUACAGUCUGCAACAGAGAUAAAUGAGACGGAAACGACGCAGGCAAUUGACAAGGCAAUAAGUAAAAAUAACAAAAAGGAAACUAAAGUCAAUUUGGGUACAUGGGAUGUAAGAGGCACAUACGAAACAGGAAAACUCAAAGAAUUAAUUAGAGAAAUUAAAAGAUAUAAUGUAGAAAUAAUAGCUUUACAAGAGACAAAACAAUUAGAGACAGAAAUAGUAGAAAUAGAAGACGUGGUAUUUUUUAAAAGCGUGGGAGAAACCAGAAGGUUAGGAACAGGCUUUAUAAUACAGCGAAAAUGGAAGGAAAGAGUAAUGGCAUUCCAACCAAUAUCAGACAGAUUAUGCACAAUAAGAUUAAAAGGGGACAAACGAAACAUAAGCAUAAUAAAUGUACACGCACCGAUUGAAGAUGCCACAGAAGAAGAAAAAGAUGAAUUCUACGAGCAAUUGGAAAGAGAAUAUGAUAAAUUACCAGGGUUUGACAUCAAAAUAAUAAUGGGAGACUGCAACGCCAAAGUCGGAAGAGAGAAUAUACAUAUACGAGCACAUAAUAGGGAAAUAUAGCAAACAUGAGGUGUCAAACGAUAAUGGACAAAGAAUAAUAGGCUUUGCAACAGAAAGGCAAAUGGUGAUAAGAAGCACACAAUUACGCCGAAAAGAUAUAUAUAAAGGAACGUGGAUUUCCCCUGAUAAAAAGACAGUAAAUCAGAUAGACCAUAUUUUAAUAGAGAAGAAACAUGUAAACAAUGUAAUAAAUGUAAAGAGCAUGAGAGAAGCGGACUGUAACUCGGACCAGUACUUGGUGAGAGCAGAAUACAAAAUUGAGCAUAACAUAAAGAAAAAGAAUAAAACAAAAGAAAAAAUUAAAAAACAAUUCAACAUAGGACUAUUAAAAGAUAAUAACACACAGAAGAAGUAUGAACAGGGAAUAACUAACAGACUAAUCAGGGAACAAGAAACGUCAAACCCAGACAAACAAUGGGAAAAUAUAAAAGAAGCAAUCGUGAACACAAGUAAAGCAAUCCUAGCGAAAACCAAAAGAAAACACAAAACAAAAGAUUGGUAUGAUGAAGAAUGUCAAGAAGUAGCAGAAGCAAUAAGAAAGGUAAGACUCAAAAAUCUAACAAAUGACGAAGAAAGCACUAGAAAAGAAUACAGAGAAUUGAGAAAAAUCAUGAAAAGAAAAUGUAGAAGCAAAAAGAGAAAAUACAACGAGAACAAACUGAAAGAAAUAGAAGAAAAAUUAAAAAAAAAAGAAAUAAGAUCAUUCUACCCGGACGCAAAAAAAUGGAAAGAGGAUAUCAAAAAAACAACCCAUAUAUGAGAGAUGAUAAAGGGAUGUUGCUAAAUGAGCUGGAAAAAAUAAUGGGAAACUGGCAAAACUAUUUCACAGAACUGCUAAAUAAGAGCGAAGUACAAAAGAAACAAACCACGAAAUUGAAGAUGAUAGAUAGCAAUAGAAAUACCAACAGAACAAGAAAUAGAGAACGAAAUAAAGAGCUUGAAAAAUAACAAAAGCCCAGGAAUAACAGAAAUAUCGGCCGAAAUGAUAAAAUCAGGAGGGAAAAGACUACAGAAAGAGAUAUAUGACCUGAUAAAAAGAAUAUGGUAAGUAGAAAAAAUGCCAGAAGAGUGGACCAUAGCACAGUAUAAAGAGGGACAGUAAAACCGCUUCCAUGUCGGCACUUUGAUCUCAGGAAGUAAUACCGGCAGUACGCAAUUGGUAAUUCACCAGUGGUGGAUACGGGUUUUCCCUGUUAAAAGCCGUACGUUCCUAUGCUACUAGCAAUGCGAGAUUGGGGCAAAAGCGACUGCCAACAUUGCGCGGUCGCCAUGCGCGACUAAAGAUUUUACUUCCAAUUUUUCGGAGAGUGGUUCUACUGUCCCUCUUUAUACUGUGACCAUAGCAAGGAUGUGCCCUAUACAUAAAAAAGGUGAUAGAAUGCUUUGCGAAAACUACAGAGGCAUCGCAUUAUUAGAAAUAAUUUACAAAAUCUUGGCACAAAGUAUCAGAAAAAGGCUAAGUCAGUACUCGGAAAAAAUACUGGGAGAAUACCAGGCAGGUUUUAGAAACAACAGAUCAACGACUGACCAAAUAUUUGCCUUAAAAGAAAUACAGACUACCUGUUACGAAUAUAAAACAGUACUAUAUGCUUUGUUCAUAGACUUUAAGCAGGCUUACGACACAGUAAAUAGACAGCAGAUGUACGAACUGGUGAAAGAAUUGGGGAUACCAAGUAAAAUUGUCAGGAUGGUAAAGAUGACGAUGGAAAACACAACAAACGAAAUAGCUUGGAAAGGGUGUACAUCCAAAAAGUUUGAAACCAAGAAAGGAUUACGACAAGGAGACCCACUAUCAACAACUGCAUUCAAUCUAACAUUGGAAGGAAUAAUCAGGAAAAGCAGAAUAAACAUGCAAGAAAUGAUAUUUAAAAACGGCCACCAAUGCAUAGCAUUUGCAGAUGAUCUGACGCUAUUAGCAACAAGCAAAAAAGAACUACAAAAGUUAAUGAAAAAUGGGAAUAUGAUAAUGGGAGAGAUCCAAAAAGAAAAAGAGCAUAACAUCAUAGUACAAAUAGAUGGAGAAAAAACUUACUCGUUCAAAAGAGCCAAAGAAAUUAUUUACCUGGGAGCCAAAAUAGAUGAAAAUGGUCAUGAAGAAGAGGAGAUAAAAGCAAGAAUAGCUAAAGGAAAUAAAAAAUAUGGAGCAUUACGCACAUUAUUGAAAUCCAAAUACGUAUCAAGAAAAACAAAAAUAAGAAUUUAUAAGACUGUUAUCAGACCUACAGUAACAUACGCAUGCGAAACGGGUGCUCAAAAAGUCAGAAACAGACCUUUUAGAAAGAUGGGAGAGAAAAAUGCAAAAAGCAAUACAUGGAGGUGUGAAAAUAGAAGGUCAGUGGAGAAGAAGAACCAAUAAAGAAUUGGAAGAACUAUAUCAAGAGCCAACGAUCACGACGACGAUCAAAGUACAGAGAAUACGAUACUUGGGACACAUCGAGAGAAGUAAACGAAUGCCAAAAAUGGUACUCUCACGAAGACCAAUACAAAAGAGAAGGAAAGGCAGGCCAAGGAAAAGAUGGAAGGACAGUGUGUAUGAAGACUUGAAGAAAAGUAACAUUGAGAGAUGGAAAGAAUUAGCAUUGGACAGAAGGAGAUGGAGGGAGGUGGUGAAGAAGUGUAUCAAAAAACUGAAGUGUAAUAAUUUAUAAGUUAUGUAAGUUAUAUUAAGUUAUUUAUUAUUUAUGUAAUCAGAAAUGUAAACAUGUUAGCCCUAGGCCUACAAGGCCUGUUUUGCGCUUAAUAAAUAAAUAUGAAUAUGCAUACUGAUGAAAAACCAUUUGAAUGUGAAAUUUGCACCAAACAGUUUUCAAUGAAACAAAUUUUAAUAUCGCAUAUGAGAGUGUAUACUAGAUGUUACAAACCUUGUAACAUAUUGGUAAUUAUUAUAAUUUCGCCCCAAUAUAUAAUUUAUAGCAUUUUUGAUAAUUUCUUAAAUGAACACACAUGUUGGGCCAUCUGUCCCUUGUAGUAACUCGAACAUAAGAAAAGGCCAUUAAAUUAAUAAAUACCAUAUUUCCGUUGACCGUCGCAAAUCUCAUUGAUUUGUAAAUUUUUAUACUAUGCAAACAAGGCCAUAAUCCCUAUUCUGAUCUAUUUUUUCUUUCUCACACAUUUUCAGUACUGAUGCCGACCGGAUAACCAGAUUAGGAUAAUGUUGGAUUGGAACUAAACGUUGUAUUUACUCUAAAACUUAAACUAGACACGCACAAAAGUUAAUCAAUUCUACUCCUUCGUUUGUAAGAGACAAAAAGACCGAAAAAUGUUUCUUAGUCAGUUUUAAUACGUUCUCUCAGUUGGUUACCAGUCAGGCUCAGAGCUAGUCGGUCGCGUUUAGCCCAAUUCAGAAUGUAGUCUCCCGAAUGACAAUACAGUCUUAAUUCACGGUUCACGUUUUAUUACUACACGGUUAUUUACGCGAAUUACUCAUCUCUCUCUCUCUCUCUCUAUCUUUCUCUCUCUCUCUUUCUAUCUUUCUCUCUCUCUCUCUAUCUUUCUCUCUCUCUCUCUUUCUAUCUUUCUCUCUCUCUCUCUCUCUCUCUCUCUCUCUCUGUCUGUCUCCUAACCGCGGUUCAAUUUAGUAGCAAUUCUACAUAGCAAAUGUAUGUAUGUUUUGUAUUAAACCCAGUAAUAGUUAUUAUUGUAUAGUGAUUGUAAAUAGUGUUGUGUUACAAAAUAAAAUAACUACCCCACA